CCAUAUGUGCGAAUUCAUGUGUCCUGGAACCCCGAUGUCUUCCACAUCCUCCACAUCUGUUGCUGCGCUCACCGAUACGAAUGCGCUCAGCCAACUUACCGAUACAGUUAAGGACUCAGAAGAGAAGACUCUUUGGGACCGAGAUGGACACCAUUUGUGCCCUUUUCUCGAAGAUACUGAAUAACAAGGCGCAGAGGAGCACAAUGAGUGGACCUGUUCUGUGCCUAGUGGAGCAUCAUGAUCUUGGUUCUCUUGAAUGGUUCGCCCUUCUUCUGUUGGCCUGGACGGCAGCCAUUUUUAGGAAUGCAGCUUUCAGAAAUUACCAACCCCUUGUAUAUUCGAGCAUAGUGGAGAUACUUGACCCUUAUAUAUCGAAAUAGCAGAUUCUUGGAAAACCUCUUAGCCCACUCUCCAACGGCUCGCCCUCGAACAGGAUGUCCCUCCUGGGCGCUGCUCUUCAGCCCUUGUCCGAC